CAGUUAUAAAGAGGCUGACCCAGCAGAGAGUGGAGGGGAAUUACAAGGUGCAGGCAAACAGCAGCACCAGACCAAGCUGGGUGUCUGCUUGACUCACCGCGUCCUGCUCUGCACCAUGAGGAAGGACGGGCUGCCCAGCAAACCAAACAUCUUCCUCCUUCUCCUCUUCUUGCUUCCUGGAAACACCUCUCCCACCACAGAACCGCAGUAUAUGGUGCUACUGCCCUUUCUGAUACACACUGAUUCUCCUGAGAAAGUCUGUGUUCAGCUGACCCACCUGAAUGAGUCCGUGACGCUGAGCGCUACACUUGAGUAUCAAGGGAAAAACAGGAGCUUGAUUGAUGACGUGGUGUCGGAGAAGGACUUGUUCACCUGCAUCCCUUUCUCUCUUCCAAAUUCCAAUAGCACAUCAGUGGCAUUUCUCACUGUGAUGGUGAAGGGGGAAACACUGCAGUUCAGGAGCCGCAAGUCGGUGCUGGUCAAGAAUUCUGAGAGCUUGGUCUUCGUCCAGACAGACAAACCCAUCUACAAGCCUGGACAGACAGUUCUGUUUCGGAUCGUCUCUCUGGACAAAGACUUCUACCCACUGAAUGAGAAGUUUCCAUUUGUCUAUGUUCAGGAUCCCCAGAGGAACCGUGUGUACCAGUGGCAAGAGGUGGAACUAGAGACCGGCCUUACACAGCUUUCCUUCCCCCUCGCCUCUGACCCUAUCCAAGGCUCCUACAAGAUAGUUGUGCAGAAGAGCUUCGCAUCCCUUGUGGAGCACUCCUUCAGUGUGAAGGAAUAUGUGCUGCCCAAGUAUGAGGUCCUGGUGAAGCUGCCGAAGAUAAUCACUAUUAAGGACAUGGAGCUUCCAGUGUCUGUCUGCGGUCUGUACACCUAUGGGAAACCUGUUCCUGGAUUGGUGAAUGUCCAAGUGUGCCGGAAAUUUUCCCAUUCUGCUUCAAAUUGUUACGGAAAAGAAGCAGAAGCUGUGUGUGAAGAAUUCACUAGGCAGGCAGACGCUCGUGGGUGUGUUUCUGGUGUAGUAAGGACCAAGAUAUUUCAGCUCCAGCGCAGGGGAUAUGAGAUGAGCAUUGAUGUACAAGGCAAGAUGACAGAAGAUGGCACAGGAAUAGAGGUGACUGGAACAGGCUCCUGUGGAAUCACAUCCAUUAUGAGCAAAAUCAGCUUUGACCUGCUGGACUCUCAGUACAGACCAGGGAUCCCACUCUUUGGGAGGGUGAAGCUGGUAGACGGCACUGAUGCUCCAAUUGCCAAUGAAACCAUCACGAUUUCUGUGGAUGGAGACAGAUACAAAGGGAAUUACACUACAGAUGAGCAGGGACAAUCCUGGUUUUCCAUAGACACUACCACCUUCACACAAGCCUCCCUGGAAAUCCGAGCUGAUCAUAAACCUGAACUGAACUGUUAUGACAGCGACUGGAUCACACCUUCGUAUGAGCAUGCGAUGCGUAGAAUAAGUCGGUUUUACUCCCCCAGUAAAAGCUUCCUCAAAAUUGAGCCAAAGCCUGACACAUUAAGUUGUGGCUUCCCCACGGAGAUCCAGGUGCACUACAUCUUCACACCAGAGGCCAUAGAAGAGCAGAAGAAAAUUGUCAUUUACUAUUUGGUGAUGGCCAAGGGAGUCAUUUUGACCUUUCCUGUUGGGACGGCAAUUGCUCCCCUGGCACGGAUGCUUGUGUAUACCAUCUCACUCAGCGGGGAAGUCAUCGCCAGUUCAGCAGAUUUCCAAGUUGAAAGUUGCCUCCCCAAUAAAGUCACACUGAGUUUUGUACCCAAGGAAGGUCUUCCUGCCUCCAACACACGCCUGCAACUCCAUACCUCACCAAGCUCCCUGUGUGCCCUCCGUGCUGUGGACGAGAGUGUUCUCCUCAUGAAGCCUGAAAAUGAGCUCUCUCCCAACUCUGUGUAUGAUCUUCUCCCACUGAAGGAAAUCAGGGGUUAUAGCUUCAAGGACUACUACCUGGAAGAAGACAACAUAAACCCUUGUGUGUCACUUGACAACAUAUUAUUAAAUGGAUUUGUCUACAUACCCAUUUCUCCUGAUGGUGAAGGUGAUGCCUAUGACAUUCUCAAAGAAUUGGGCUUAAAAGUCUUCACUAGCAGCAAGAUCCAUAAGCCUGAAAUCUGCCAGCAUUACCCAGGACACAUAAUGGAAAGGAGUUACAGUAGUUCUAAUCUGGACUAUGAAAUAACAGAACAUAUGGCUGCUGACAAUCUUGUGGAGACCAUCCGGAAGUACUUCCCUGAGACAUGGAUCUGGGACAUAGUUUCAGUGAA